AUGUUACCAUUAUCAUUAUUAAGAACUGGUCAAGGACACCAAAUUAUGGUUGAAUUAAAGAAUGGAGAAACAUAUAAUGGUAUAUUGGUCAAUUGCGACAAUUGGAUGAAUAUAAAUAUGAGAACUGUCAUUAGAACAUCAAAGGAUAGUGAUAAAUUUUGGAAACUUCAAGGAUGUUAUAUUAGAGGAAAUACAAUUAAAUAUAUUACCGUUCCAGAUGAGAUCAUAGAUCUUGUUGCUGAAGAAGAACAAAAACAACAACAACAGCAACAACAACAAUUACAACAACAACAUCACCAUCACCAAGAUAAACCAAUGGGUAGAGGUAGAGGAUCAGGUGUUGGAAGAGGACGUGGCGGAAAUCAAAAUGAUGGAAAUAUGGGUAGAGGUCGUGGCGGUGGCGGCGGCGACCAACAAGGAUCUUACAGAGGUGGAAGAGGUGGAAGAGGUGGUGGAAGUGAUAGAGGUGGUGAUAGAGGUAGAAGUUAA